GCAUUUAGCUCAGCCUACUAGCCUGGUCUGUGUUAGUAUGAGCCAUAGUGACUAGCUAGAUUUACAUAUUGGCCAGCCAAUCACAGUCACGGAAGCGGGGUUUGUCGGAAUAGCGGUCGGGAAAUCCGGCUAAAGCAGAGAGCUAACUUGUUAGCAACUUGGCUUGUGUGCAAACACUGAAACGUCUUUGUACAGAUGAAGAUGUAUCGCAUUAUCACCACUGCUCAAUAAUCACAGUGUAACAUGUUCUUCACUGGUUAAGUCAUCUGAAUUAUUUAAUAACUUAAUGUAUUAGUCAUCUGGCUGAAGAAGAAGCUAAUUCGGGAUGCACAGUUGCAUUUUUAAGUUGACAGUUUAGAAUAACCCUCCUGCUCACUGAUCUUCUAUAUCUGCCUUUACAAAUGAACAUGAUUUUAAUAAUAUUUCAUUUAUUUAUAUGUGAUAUGUCUCACUUAGCUUUCUGCAUGCAGUCAGAUAUGAUUUCUGGAGGAAUAAAACACAUUUCGCUGACAGUUUUACAGGUGAAACCAUGUCUGAGCUGGUUAUGGAAUGUGAGGAGGAGGAGUUGGAGCCAUGGCAGAAAGCGAUUCCAGAAAUCAGUUUGCUAGACGACGACGACGACGAUAAUGAUGACGAUGACGAACCAAUAUUUGUGGGGGAAAUCUGCAGCUCCAAGCCCGCACCUACCAGCAGACCCAGUGUUGUCUACCAUCAUAGCCCACCAAAUGCCACACUUCAAGGGGUCCGUUCACUCGCCUUACCCCAAAAGACUGGUUUACCUCAAAUGAACUCCACCAAACAGUCUGCAGCAUCUCAUGUAACCGCCAGAGGUUCAUCACACUCGGUUUACCACACUGUCAGUUCCCAAACAGGACCUCAGACAGGACCCAGAUCAUUAAAUACAGUGUCUCCUCAGCCUAUCAUGAUCAACAACCAGGGUUAUAUUGUCUCAUCCCCACAAAACAUCAGCAAUAAUAAUUCAGUGUUCAGCACAUCACAGUAUCAACCAGGCACUUCCUUCAGUGUUCUGCCAGCAGGUCAGCAGAUGGUGCAGCAGGUCAAUGCCCAGGCUAAGCCAGUCCCGGGUGUCAUCCACCGGCCCCAAGUGCAGUUAAUCCAGAACAACGUAGUGACGCUGUCGAACGUGCAGGGUCCUGCUGAUAUCUCCCCUCAGUCGCACUCCACCUCCAUCCUGCACAAACCCAGCAUAGGCUCGCUGGGAUCCCCCAAACUCAUCACACCUACUCUACAAGCAGUCAACAACCGUACUGUGUUCACGGAUAAUAGUAUAAUAAAACGAAGCCUCUUGCCUGAUGCCAACAACAGCCCUUCAAAAAGAACCAAAAUCGACUCUGAAAACGAGACACCCUACAGUAGGAAGUGUCCUAAAUGUCACAUUCACUUCAACUUAAUGGACCCAUUAAAAACACACAUGAGGUCCUGCUGCCCGCAUUUUUUGGACACCGUCUUCCCUUCAACCUCAAAGCCGGACAGAGCAGCACCCCAAGCACGAAUGUACGAUGCAGAACGAGGAAAGCUGAUCAUGCUGGUGUCUGAUUUUUACUACGGGAAGUGUGAGGGCGAUCCGUCUGCAAUUCGGGAACUCAAGUCCAACACUACCUUCAAGUGCAACAGCUGUUUAAAAAUUCUCAAAAACAACAUUAGGUUUAUGAAUCACAUGAAGCAUCAUCUAGAGCUGGAGAAGCAGAACAGUGAGAGUUGGGAGAGCCACACUACGUGUCAGCACUGUUACCGGCAGUAUUCAACACCGUUCCAGCUGCAGUGCCAUAUUGAGAGUGCCCACAGCCCCUACGAGUCCACAACUAACUGUAAGAUUUGUGAAUUGGCCUUUGAGACAGAACAAGUGUUGCUGGAGCACAUGAAGGACAAUCACAAACCCGGAGAGAUGCCGUACGGCUGUCAGGUCUGCAACUACCGGUCGUCGUUCUUUUCAGACGUGGAGAACCAUUUCCGCACCGCCCACGAGAACACUAAAGACCUCCUGUGUCCGUUCUGCCUUAAAGUGCUGCGCAGUGCUCACAUGUACAUGCAGCAUUACAUGAAGCAUCAGAAAAAAGGAAUUCAACGCUGUGGGAAGUGCAGAUUGAAUUUUCUUACCUACAAGGAGAAAGUAGAGCAUAAAACACUCCAUCAUCGUACCUAUAAGAAACCAAGAAGCCUUGACGGAUUGCCUCCAGGAACAAAGGUUACUAUUCGAGCCUCUUUCAACGGAGGAUCCACAAUGUGUCCCAACGCUCCCGGUAAAUCGUAUGUUAACCUGGUCCCUACGAGCCCUGAGAAAAUCAAACCCACUGCCAAGUCCAGUUCCUACAUGGGCAAGGCAAGGACGAACCAGACCAAUAAAAACCGCACCUCUCUACACAACAAUGAGCUGAAAGGCAUGAAUAAUUUAUUUUACAGACUCUCUCCUGGAGUGCACAAAUGCAUCGAGUGUCAAAACGAGGUCACCGUAGCCUACGUUCACUAUCCUCUAUCACUAAAAUGCUCGUUAUGCAAGUAUCGGACCAGCUGUCAGAAAUCUUUUAGACUACAUAGGGUGAGGUUUCAUAGCAGCUCUUCAAAACUGAGAUUAAGCAAAGGGAAGAUGUCUCUGCCUGGUGUACGGAGUCUGACUCUUGUGUGUCUGAACUGUGAUUUCCUGGCCAACGUGUCUGACGCAAACCGCAUGUGUGAUCAUCUGAUCAGCAGACCCAACCACAGCUGUCAGGUCAUUUUAGAGACAGAUAAAGGUUCGACUGUGGACAGUUCAAUUCACGAGGACUCAGAUAAGGUUGAGCUCUGUUGUCCGGAAGCAGAAGAUGGUUGUUCCGUCAGUUUGGUCGAAACCAAAGAUCUCUUAGAAGAAUCUUCCACCAAAUCCGACCUGAAUGAAACUGAACCCGUCAGCGUUAAUGAACCGAGUGAAAAAGCCACCUCACCAUCGACUGAGGAGCUAACGGCAGAACCAUCAGCUAAAGCAGAUACACCAGCGGAGCCUCUGCAACCUGAAGACGAGACGGAGGCCGAGACCACAGAGCCUGCGACCGAGGACGUCUCUGUUGGAGGAGAGAAAGAUUCGGAGGACGCCUCCAUCGUUCGCUGCGGCUCAGUCAGAGACGGAGGAGGAGUGAGCGCUGACGAUUUUCUGAAUAAAAGUGACAAAGCCGAGACCGUGAGCGUGCACUCGCCGCUGGAACCGCUCACUCCUUCCAAGGUGCUGGAAGGCGAUGAAGCCGAGAAGGCGCCCGAAUUGAGAAAUCAUAAAACGGACAUUGAGGAGACUGCAGGGGUUAAGAAGUGUUUAGAAACUAGCACUUUAGAGUAGCAUAGAAUAAGGAUGCCUCUAUUUUACGUUUUAAACUUUGUUUUUACCUACAUGAGGGCCAAGAAAGACCACUAGUGAAAAUGCUCACAUUUAGCACUUUUCUCACAUUUAAAACAGUGGGGUUUUUUUAAAUUACAGAUCAUAUAGUCAGUACAACAAUUAGAGUAAAAAUGUGUUGUUUGAAAUAAAUGCAGUAAAUACUUUUUCAGUAGUGGUCUCAGACUUUUGGCCCCCAUCGUAUAACGCUUGUCCACAUGUAAACACAAGGCUUGCAGUGAAAGCAGAGUGUUAAUCUAUAGAAACCUUUUCUUCUUUGUAUUGACACACUUGCAUUAAAAAAGCUUGGUUGUGUUGCUGUACUCCAAAACAUUGCCUUCCAAAGGAAAAAAUAAGCAUUUCAGAAGAACUAAAAACUGUGAAACGAUCUUUUACUUUUAUCAGCAUUGAUGUUCUUCAACACAGGACAUCUGACACACGAGGAAGCAGAUUUCUAGGCUGCAAUCACAAGGAAUUCUCGGCAUCUAUUGGAAAACACGUUAAUGUAAUGCAUGUGCAAUGACUUGUGGCCAAUGAAGGUGGGGUUGUAACUCAUUCACUUACAAUUAUCAGUGGAUACUUCGUCUACGAUGCAAUAGACUGUGUUCCCCGUGAAACCAGACCCACUACAACCUGACCAGGAUAAAGCAAAUAAUAAAAUUUAAAUGAAACUGAAUUAAAUGAAAUGAGUUGAAAUCUUUCUCCAAAAGUCUGUGCUGUUAGCACGUUGUCUCUCACUGGAUGAGGGAGUGUAACAAACACUUCCAGCAACAUUUUCACUGAAGUAAACUGCAAGAAGACAGUAGGAUGUUUUGAUGGAUGCUGAUUAUAUUCUUGUAACUGCAGCCUUAAUGUUCAGUUUUAGAAAUGAAUGUGACCGUGUGCAUUGUAUUAUACAUUGUACAUGACUGAUAAAAAUCCCUCUCAAACAAUGAACUUUUUGUUUCUAGUGUAUCGUAAUGCUUUUAUAAGCUUGUUUUAAAUAGGUCAACUUUUCAGUGUCAUUCAUUCUCACUCUAGUUACAACAGUUGAAUUCUAGAGCCAAUGUUCCGUUAUUAUAUCCUUAUUACAGGGUUCAGCUGAA